GUAGAAGAAGCCAUGGCUGAGGAGGAGCUGAAAUACGCUUCGGUUGUAUUUAAGAAAAAAAAGAAUUCCCCUCCUGAAGCUAAAGAGGAGGAGGAGGAGGAAACUGUGUACAAUGAGGUGAAGGUCCAAAAGCAAACAAAUGAGCCAACUGCAGAUACAAACAUUCUUUUCCAUCUUCUCUCUGCAGAACUGUUACUGGAGGAGAAAACUAACAGCAGCUGUAGCUGUAAUAAGCUAGUUUGUUGUUUGGCGUUUCUCUGUGUCAUUGUGCUGUUGGGCAUCAUCGCAGUCACUGUCUACCUUGUAAAACUUAGAUCUGAAAAUGAAAACCUGAGGAGGGAACACACCAAUCUGAUGGUCCGGUUUGUCAAUCUGACACAAGCCUACGGAGACUUAGAGAACACGAGCUCCAGCCAGGCUGCAGAAAUCCAGAACCUGGCAGCACAGAAUCAGGAUCUGCAGACACAGAAGGAAAACUUAACAGAACAAAUCCAGAAGUUCAAGACGGAGCAGUAUGAGCUUAACGUUACCAGAGCUCAGUGGAGCAUCCAUGCCUACUGCCCAAAAGCCAUUUUAGGAAGGAGUUGUAAACCUUGUCAGGAGGGCUGGGUUGAAUUUCAGUCAAGCUGCUGUGCAGUUAAUAAUGUACGGCGAUCUAAACAGAAGACCUGGGAAGAAGCUCGAGAGGACUGCAGAGGAGAGAUAUCAGAUCUGACUGUUAUACAAGAUCUGGAAGACAUGGAUAAGAUCCAGAACAAUUGGGGCUCCGUUGGUUACUGGAUCGGCCUCAGAGUUCAGGAUGGGGCGUGGAAGUGGGUGGAUGGAACAACACUGACUUCAAAUGUGUGGAAUCCAUCAGAGGCCCGUCAAGGUCACUGUGCAAUCUUUAAAAAGGCACCUACAAGAGAAUUGAAAGCUGUGAAAUGCUCCGAGAGAUAUCGAUGGAUCUGUCAGAAGAAAGCAGUGACUAUUUAAACACAGCAAUAAGAAUGAGAGGAUGAA